UCAAACAAAUAAAUUUUGUGAAAAAAGCAUGUACCGGCGAAAUUUAUUAUUUUCAACGUUAUUUAAAACAAACCUGAAUGGGAAACUGACUGCAAAAUUAUCAAAAAGAUCUGAUCCAGGUCGUUCAUUACGAUGUUUAAACUUGAAACUGAUAUCCCAACAAAGACAUCAACAUAUACGAUGUUUAUGCAAUACAGAAUCACACAGAAAGACAUUACACAGUGGCCAUGACAGACAACAACAUGACUACAGAAGUUUUAGUAAAAGUUCAUGGAUGAUGGUCGCUGGAGCAGGAUUAUUCUCUUACUCUGUAUGGAAAGCUAGACAUCAAUUACAAGAUCUGAGGAAUCAAUUUACUGUUUAUGCGCUUGAUGAUGAGAAGGAUGAUAAAGAUAGUAGUACAGACAAAACAGAAACAAAAGCACAGGAACCAACCACACCAAAUGAUCAGGUUAUACCUUCCUAUGUACCUUACCUGUUGAUUGGAGCAGGAACUGCAUCACACAGUGCAAUGAGAGCAAUCAGACUCAGAGACCAUAAAGCUCAGGUAUUGAUUGUAGGAGACGAAGAUAAUAACCCAUACAGCAGGCCUCCAUUGUCCAAAGAAUUAUGGUAUGGUGAACAAACAGGAAUAUUUUAUGACCCAAAAGAUUUUUAUGGUAUACCAGAGGAUCUUCCAUCAACGAAAUAUGGUGGAGUAGCUGUUCUUCAAAAUAGAAAGGUCAUCAAAUUAAAUACAGAAGACAGAAUAGCAUUCUUAGACAAUGGCAGUGAAAUAAAAUAUGACAAAUGUCUCAUAGCAACAGGUGGCAGACCUAAAAAUCUUCCUGUGUUUGAAAAUGCCAGUAAAGCAGUGCAAUCAAGAGUUCAUUUGUUCAGAAAUAUUAAUGAUUUUGUACGAUUACAUACCAUUGCACAUACAAGAAAGUCAAUAGCUAUUAUUGGUGGAGGUUUCCUGGGAAGUGAAUUAGCCUGUGGUUUAGCACAUAAAGGUCACAAUAGAGGACUUACAAAUUUAAAAGUGUACCAGAUAUUUCCUGAGAAAGGUGUAAUGAGCCAAGUAUUACCAGAUUAUCUGAGCAAAUAUACAACAGAGAAAAUCAAAGAAGAGGGUGUGGAUGUUGUAUCUGAGAAAUCUGUGAAGGAAGCCAAAUACAAAGAUAAACAAGUGGUUUUAACACUCAGUGAUGGCAGUCAAAUAAAAGUUGAUGAUGUGGUAGUCACAGUAGGUUUACAACCUAAUGAUGACAUAGCUAAAACUUCUGAAUUAGAUAUAGAUCCUAUGAGAGGAGGUGUGAUGGCUAAUGCUGAGUUAGAGGCAAAACCCAACAUAUGGGCGGCAGGUGAUGUGGCUAGUUUCUAUGACUACAAAUAUGGGCGAUGUCGAGUGGAACAUCACAAUACUGCUGAUUCAAUGGGUAAACUGGCUGGUCAAAAUAUGGCCGGAGCAAGGAAACUUUAUGAGCAUAAACCAUAUUUCUGGUCAGAUCUUGGAGCAGAAAGUUACCAGGCUAUAGGAGAAGUGGCUUCAAGCCUUGAAACAUUCAGUAUAUUUACACCUUUGAAAGACAAGACAUUAAAAGAACAUUCCUCACAACAAGAUGGCAUCAAAAACUCCAAUAACUCAUCUCAGACUGCAAACCCUCCAGCAUUAAAAUCAACAGAAGAUUACCAGGGUGUUGUGUUUUAUUACAAAGAUAAACAGAUUGUUGGUAUUGUUCUGUGGAAUGUAUUUGGUAGAGGAAAAGUAUCUACCUGUAGACAAAUAUUAGAGAAAAGCAAAGAAAUACGUUCAGAAGAUCCAUAUGAACUUUCCAAAUUAUUGUUCCGCUCAUAUAAACCAUCUAAGCCAAAAAUAGACAAUAAACAAGAAACAUCUGAAGAAAAGUCAUAACAUAGGAUCAUAGAAUAGUAAUAAAAGAACAAAAUGUUAAAUCAUGUGAUAGAGAAGAAUGACUAUUAAACUUAUUUUUGUAAUUUAAAAUUUAUUCCUUGACAAGAAUAAUUUUUUUACCAAGAAAAAAUUGUAAGGAGUUGGGGAAAUAAGUGUACAUUUAAAAGUCACCAUAUAUGAUCCAAAAUUUGCCCUCAUAAUACUUAGGUAAAAGGUGUUUAGAAAAUAAAAAUAAAGUUAACAUUUGACUAGUUACCUUGGCAACAAAUCAUGACGAAAUUUGUAUAUGUUGUACAAUUUCCUGAUUUUUCUUGUUUUGCAUCAGUUUAUACGUACAUUUUGGAUUGGAAAAUAAUGUGCACACUGAAGAAACAACUUUAUAAUUGGUGAGAUUAUGUAAAUAGUGACAAUAAAGCUACUGUAAAAUUA